AUGAACUGCCGCAGGGGGCCACGGAAGUUCGAGGUCAUCGGAGACCUCGACAACAUCGCUAAAUACACCACGGGAAUGCCACGACCAAGAACCGACCUCCUCUCACUCGAUGGUCACGAUGACAAUGUAGAUUUUCGGUCUUCGAUUUUCAGGCGCCAAGGGAGCCAUAAAUUUUCGCAUGUCCAGGUCAUGUCCGCUCGCUGGAUUGUCUUCAUGAUCAACGGGAAGGUCAAGUGCGUGUUUUACGUUAUGCCGAUGGACGAGGUCGGAUUGAGGGAGGUGUAUGGCGUGUCGAGAGAUGAGUACUCGUACCGCUCUGCGUGGCUGAGAACAAAGGGCUGGGAUUUGGCUACGAUGAAGCAAGCAAACGCCAGUUCGUACACAGGGUCAGGCGGGACUCGGGCUUCGCUGGAACAGGCCCACGCUAACAUGAGGGAGUUCGCUGAAGGUACUCUGGCUGAGCUGGUUUGGAUGGAGAAGCAGAGGUUCAAGGGGGGACAGAUGCUCUCGAUAGAGACGUAUUGCUGGAUGUAUUUGGGGAUCAUGCAAGAGGGGGAGAGUGGGCGGUUGCGGUACUUUGUGCAUGGGAUUAGGAGGGAUGCGUUUAUUGAGAUGUUCCUGUCGGAACUUGAGGAGGGAAUCUUUCAGUACCUGAGUAAUGAGAUUCUGGAAGUGUUCAGUGAGUGA